AACGGAAGUUACAAGGCUGACAAAAUCGUAACUGAAUAGCUCAGAAUUUAAAGCACGCAUUUAACUCUGAAUUAACCGUAACACGACUCGCUGUUCUGCAUGGUUUGGUUUAAGUGCUAGCAAAGUUUAAAAAAAAACCAAAAAAAAAAAAACCAAUAGGUUUUCGUACAGACUUUGACUCUAUGUAAUGAUCUAAUAAUUCUAGGUGGCUCAAAUCAGAUGCGUUUCCAAGGACCAAGUUCCCUACACACCGCUGCCCUUGGGAUAUAUUGACUCAGUUUACCUUGCUGUCUACACAUUGAGGAAUUCCCCUUGUUGUCUACACUAACCUAAAUUGAUUUUAAAGCGAUGUGAAGGACUUCUAAUUAUUCGUAAAACUAUCAGAGAUACAGAAAAUUUCUGGUUCAUCAUUUCUGCAUGGAUUCCACACCCGUUUUCGUUCUGUAUACCAACGAUGGAUCACAGAUAGUGGAAACAAUAAAAACAAGUUUAGAAAAAUGUGACACCACAGUGUACACUGCAAAUGUAUUGCAGACACACGUAAUUGAUCCACCACCAGGUUGUGCAACAAUGUUAUUCUUAACACCAGGGAUGUUGUCUGUAUUGAAAUCUUCUCGUUCACCAGACCUGACAUAUGUUCAACAAAACAGCAAAUUUUGUGCUCUAUUCUAUCAUGACACCAUCAACAUUUUUAGGGAAUCCGUUCAAGAAUUACUCAGUCACAAGAUCCCUUCAUUCCCAGAAUCAUGGACGGUUAAUGGUAUGGUCAGGAAAGUUCAAACAUUCAUUUUACAAAUUUUAGAACUUCUAGAGUCAGAAAAUGAGGAGGCGGAUCGUGAAUUUUACCUUGUUUCAAAUUUCAGAUUUUAUCCAGACAGCGUGUGGAAGCAAAACCAAGAUGUGUUCAUAUCUUUCGACUCCGAAAUACCAGCUGAGGAUAAAAUAAUGGUAGAAAUAGACGGCGGAAUGUUUGAAGCCAAGCGGAUUAAUCCUUAUACCUAUGUAUUCACUUUCGCUGACUGCUUUGGUUCUGGUAAUCGGACUGUAGCGGUACUUAUGAACGAGGAUCUUCUCCUGGGUACACAUCAGAUUGUCGUCAAAGAUGGCUACCAGACUCUUCUAGAUGAAAUCAACGAUGUGACGUCGCCACUGCAUUACAUACAAGAAAUUUUGACUACUACCCAGACCAAUGAGGGACAUUUGAAGUCCGAAAUGACCAACACGUUAAUACUCGAGGGAACAAAAAAUUUAAUUAAAAAACUACAUGAAAAAUCGGAUAUAUCUGGGGGAAUGUGCAGUCAGAUGGAUCAAAUUCCCGAGAAAAAUACCAUCAUGUUGGAAGAGGGAGAGGAAAUUGUACGACGGAGAUCCUCCAGACUAACCACCAGGAGGAGAAGGAGUCUGUUAGGUAAAACUUAUAAGAGACAAAGUCAACGAGUAUCGUGUGCUCACGAGUACCUGAGCGUAGAAGAGAACUUGCCGUCGAUUAAGUUAAAUUCUGAUUUAUUGAAAUCCCUACCACCAGAUUUCUUUGACGUUGCACAGUAGCUUCUUCGGAUGAAAUAGACCAUAAGUACAUUUGUAACAAACAUUUUUGUCAACUAGUAUUGACUCGAUCGAUAUAAAAGACUUCUUGGAUAUUUUUUUUUUUUUGUAAUCGGUGAUCGUCAGUAUUCCAUAAUGUGCAUGCAUCCUUUGAUGUGGUUCUAGAUUCCUAGUCGUGGUUAUAAAUAUGGCAGCGGAGUCCGGACACAACGAAGACUGUUGAACGUUUUGAAUGUUGCAUAUAUGUAUAUUUCACCUUCAAUGAUGAUGUAAUUUUACUUCAAUUUUGACUGCUACUUAACCUCAAUGAAAACGUCAUCCUCUUC